CAAACGGUACCGCAAAUCACGGGACUCCAACGAUAUCUUGUCGAAGUGAAACGUGUAAUUUCAGUCAUUGAGUAUGCAUGUAAUUGCACAUCCGAUUCGCAAACUUUACUCAUGCAUGAAAAAGGUGAUGGGUAAUUUUAUACGGCGUCGUAUAUGAAACUUACACGGCGCUAUUGUUGGGGGAUUAGUACACACUUGUAGUUGGUAAACAACACGCGCUUCACCUAGCUAUUAUAGGAGCGCAUAAAUUGAAGAGAAUUACCUCGACCUAGAUAAGUUAACUAGUGAUCUGGAUAAGACAGAGCGAUAGUGUCUUAAGGAUGAAGAACACAAUCUUCACUUGGAUAUUUAUUUUGGGAUCUGCAUUAUGUAUUGCAGAGGGAGUAGAUGAUAACUCCCAUCACAGAUCGAAACGGGCACUGUCACCCGGUAGAAGAGCUGAGAUUAAAAAUAUGUCGCCCAACAACAGACCAUCUUGCCCUCCAGGACAGAGCGUUCCUCCUACUCGAGUGAACACCACCGAGAGGUUAAAAAGCCUUAGGGACGAGAUGAAUACAGCAGGGGUUGAUGCAUAUAUAAUUCCUUCAGAGGAUGCUCAUCAGAGCGAGUAUCCAUCGGCUUAUGACGAGAGAAGAGCGUAUAUCUCGGGUUUGUCCGGAUCGUAUGGUCUUGCAGUCGUUACGCAAACGGAAGCGGCCCUGUGGACGGAUGGUCGUUACUUCCUGCAGGCGGAAGACGAGUUGGACUGUAACUGGAUUUUAAUGAAAAUGGGAGAGAUAGGAGUACCGUCCUCCACAGAAUGGCUCAUAUCGGUUUUAGAGGGCACAACAAACGCUAAAGUGGGAGCGUAUCCAUUCCUUAUCAAUAGUGGUAGCUGGAGAAACUAUGAAAAAUCACUGUCGAAGAAAAAUAUAACCAUGACAACGACAACAGAAGACCUAGUAGGGAAAAUUUGGACCGUCGGUCGCCCUGCAGAACCAAAUUCUCCAAUCAACGCCCUGCCUCUUAAAUUUGCAGGACGUAGUUGGGAGGAUAAAAUCGCAGAUAUGCACAUGGCUAUGGAAGAAAAGGGUGUAGACGCUAUGGUGGUCACCGGACUAGAUGAAACUGCCUGGUUACUAAAUUUACGUGCUUCCGACAUUGCAUUCAAUCCAUUUUUCCUGUCCUACAUAAUGGUCGAUAAGAAAAUGAAUGAGACGACGUUGUAUAUAAAAGACCAUCAUAAAAAAUUAACCAGUAAUCCCAAUGAUACGGAGACCACUCAAAAAUUAUACGAACACCUAAAUACUGGCACCGACGGGAGCUGUAACGGAAAAUCCGGAUAUUGUGUAACGGUGCUGUCAUACGUUCCUUCGGAUGUAGAAAAUAAAGUGCAAAGUUUGGCUGAUAACAGCGAUAUGGUCAUGGUGUCCUUUUCCUGCAACUAUGCCUUGUUUUCAAAAAUACCAGAGUCUAAGAGGUUGCAGGAAAACACUCCGGCCGCUCUUCAAAAAUCCAGGAAAAAUGACGUCGAGAGGAACGGAAUGAGGAAUUCUCAUAAGCGUGAUGCAGUGGCGCUUAUUACAUUCAUGGCCAAAUUAGAAAAAGAGGUAAAAGAAGGUAAAACGUGGACGGAGGUGUCGGCAGCACAGGAUCUUAAAAUGCAUAGGCAGGAGAAAUUAUACAACAGGGGCCUGAGUUUCCCCUCUAUUUCGGCAGCUGGUUCUAAUGGAGCCAUCAUCCACUACUUCCCCACCAACGUUACCGACCGAGAAAUCACAACCUCAGAAAUGUACCUUCUGGACUCUGGCGGACAGUAUUUAGAUGGAACAACAGAUGUCACGAGAACAUUUCAUUUCGGAACACCAACUGAAUUUGAAAAGGAAUGUUAUACCCGCGUGUUGAUGGGACAGGUCGAUCUAGCGAGAUUUAAGUUUGCCAAAACUGACUAUGGUCCAUAUGGUCGUGAAAUCGACGCAAUCGCACGACGUCCUUUAUGGGAAGUUGGCCUUCAGUACAGACAUGGUACUGGUCAUGGAAUCGGGAUGUUCUUAAGCGUACACGAAGGUCCUGGACGCAUCUCAUUAUCUCACGCCCCGUUUGAAAGUGACUCACCUUUGGCGGAUGGACAAUUUUUCUCUGAUGAACCUGGAUAUUAUGAAGAUGGGCAGUUUGGAAUAAGAUUGGAAAAUAUUGUCAUGGUAAAAGUAGCUGAAACAAAGUAUAAAUUUCCAAAUACUACUUUUCUGGGAUUUGAAACCGUAACUAUGGUUCCCUAUGAACCUAACCUAAUCAAAUAUGAUCUCCUGUCGCAAAGCCAGGUGGACUGGAUUAAUACAUAUCAUGUGCAAGUUAUGGAAAAACUUGGCGCCGAACUGCGUGCGAACAACCCGGAGGCCUAUAACUGGUUGGAAUCGAGAACAAGGAAAAUAUCUCUUACUGUCAGUUCUAGCACAGCAACGUAUCCGUCCCUUAUACUAAUGAUGUCAAUCAUCGUGUCACAGUUAGCGUGAAUGUUUGUCCUGUGUUAAGUGCUUGUGUAUACUUUAAACAUUUAUCACAACAUCUUAGAAAAUUUUCUUUCUUGCUAUAACAAAAGAAAUGUCCAUUGGUGUAUUGUACAUGAAGUUUGACCGCUAGAAAUGUUUGUCUAUGGAGAGGAAAUACCUGUAAUAUUACGCUAAUCCACAAACUCAGGAAUUUUCAUUUAUUGUGAAUAUUUGUGCAAUUCCUGCAUGCAUUUCAUAAACAUCGAGUAAACCAAAAACAUAGUUACACAGAUGAGUAAGCUUUAACGCAAUCAUGUAAACUUAAAAUGGGAGAAAUACUGUACCUUUAAAAAGAAAAAAUACAUAUCAUUUUUGAAUGAAUGUUGCAUCUUCAAAGUUGAACUUCGUAUUUUCAUCGCUGACAUAUAUCCAUUUUCGGCGGUGUUUCAGCUUUGAAAAGUUGUCAGUUUAACGUUGAGGAUAUAUUGCAAUUUCAAUAUGGACAAUUUGUGGUUCUACGUUGAUACCACGUUGGCACGUUGACGUUUAUGGAUGUUGGAAUGAGUGGUUAUGUUUCAAUGUAGUCUCAGCGUUGAAUUGUGGCUGUUCAUUUCUUUAACCGUUAUUCCAAUUAUUCUCAACGUAACUUUGCAUACCGGAUGGAAUUGAUUUUUAUCAGCUACACGAUUCUGUAUUUAUCUUUGUAUUAAUAAUGAUGGUUGUAAGGUGUGUGUACUAUCUAAUUACAAAACGCUUAAAAAUGUGGAGUGGAUAUUUUUCAUAGUUUACUUAUCAAGCAUGCGAGUGAAUCGUGUUUCCAACACCUAUUUAUUUAGAAGAUGAUCAGACAGGAAUGAAUGUGGUAUAUAUUUUCAAUUUGUACUUUGAUCGAGAUGCCCCUCAAGAAAAAUUUUCUGUAUAUAUACACUAUACACUGAAUUCCCUGCACCGACUGGUGAUUGUAUCUUUCUUUGUAAAUGUAUGUAAUUUAGUUGUCAUUUUCAUGUUGCAUGUGACAUAUAGCCUUUUUUAUUGAUUCAAGUUGUGUAUAUUGUGAUGGUACUAAAUAACUAUUUUUGUUAUUAUGUUUCAUGAGAUGGUCUUUUUCACCGUUGUAGAGAGUAAAAUAAAUUACAAUCCAUUACUUAAUAUUACUGAAUGUGAUAAUUUCCUGGUUGUACCGUAACCUCAUUAUUGGAAAACUGUAAGUACCCAAAUGUGACAUAUUAUGUACUGUAUAACAUGCUUAUUUCAAACCAAAGACUGUUUAUUUAAUCAAAUGAAUAAACGUUAUAAUAUCAUUUCCGCAGAACAUUUAAGUAGUAGUACAUGUACCACAAGAAUGUCUGCGCGUAGAUGAUCCUUUCGAAAUUUGGUGAUUGAAAAGAAAAUGAAAAAUACACUACGGAAAAAAAAUGAAAAGUGGAUGAAUUGUGUAAUUCUCUUAAGGUGUAAAAUAAAAGUGAAAAGUAGA